CUCUAGUCUCUUGGCAGCUUUGCUUCUGUGUCGUAGCGAUCGUGAAAGGUUUGUUUGGUCGGUGUUCCCGGAUGUGAAGUGGAUUUCGAAAGUAUACAUUUUUUUAGGUGACCGCGGUGAUGCAAUUCCGCGCCUGCUGCAGAUUCCAUUGUGAAUGAUCAGUGGUCCCCGGAAUUUUCGUGCUGUUUAUCGUCAAGCAAUUGGCUUCGCCUAUCGACGUUAUCAUAGGGGUGCUACGGCGUGUGUGUUGGUGAGUGGUGCCUGGCCUACAUUUUGCGAAAGACAUCAAGUGUCGUCUGCGGGGUCAGUGCGUCGCGACAACGGCAAUUAUCGGUCGUCGCAGUGGGUUUGCGAGUUUUGUGACCUGGAAGAGGCUCUGACGUCGAAAGUCGUUUUAGGAACCGCAGGAGGCACUUCUCUGUGUGGUGUUGAAAUUUUGACAACGAAUCCGCGAGCAUUGCUUAAGUGAAAGAAGGUGGAAAUGAAAUUAGGAUUGUGCUGAGUGCAGCGAGUUUUGUGGCGUUAGGUGACGCGAGGGUGCUGCGCGGUGACUGUCGCAACAUAUUUUCGUUAGGCAGGCGUUAGUGGUGCAAGGAGCCACAAGGAUACAUAAUACGACUGUGCACGCAACUCUUUCUACAUCGCAGACCGGUUAAGCGAAUUCCGUGGAGCUAUCAUCGCGACUUGCGGAGAGUAAAAUGGGGACGAAGAUUGAGUACGUGGAUUCAACCCACAUGUACGCCACUAACUACAUCAGAAAUUCAAAAGCAAUUGCAGUGUUGUGGGCCAUUUUCACGAUAUGCUAUGCCAUUAUCAGUGUUGUGGCAUUUGUGACGCCAGAGUGGAUUGGUGACCCAGAUACAGAAAAUGCUGGUCGACUUGGGUUGUGGCAAAUUUGUCAAAAAGACGAUGUAGUCGACAAUUGUCAGCGGCGAUGGGAGGAUAUUCUAUCAGUUCCAUCAUUACCGUUCCAGGUGGCGACAAUUUUUAUGGGAAUAUCAGUGAUUACUGCCAUUGUUGCAAUUGCGUCGCUUCUUCUCAUGCUGUUUAUGAAAUCAACGACGGUUUUCCAUAUUUGUGGUUGGAUGCAAAUUUUAUCAGCGAUUUGUAUGAUAAUCGGUUGCGUAGCCUUCCCUUUUGGGUGGAAUUCCGAUGAAUCUCGCAAAAUUUGUGGACCUGAGUCGAAUCGGUUUGAACUAGGUCUAUGUGGCGUGCGAUGGGCUUAUCCCCUGGCAAUAAUAGGUUGCAUUGAUGGUUUGAUUCUCGCUACGCUCGCAUUCAUAUUAGCGACACGACACGUGCGGCUCCAACCGGAACCCAUGUACCAAAGCUCCAUGUACAAAGGUGAAGUGAACAACGCUUACAUUACGGACGCCGUGAGUCUGGCCGGGUCGCGAAAGUCGCUGAAUUUGCAACCGGUUUUACUGGUGUCGCCACCGCAUCACAUAGCGGCGGGCGACGACACCAUUUCGCAGUUCUCUAGCCGAACUCCGAACCCGCAUUACAAUCGGCCCGACUACCACAAUUCGAUGCAUCAGUUCCAGCUGUGAGUGUAAUCUGAUAGAUGGCGCGAAUGGUUCGAUUAUGUGAUAAGUGUUUUAGUUGAAAUUUAAACCUUAUAUGUACACUGAUGCUGAUUUUCAAUUCUAUUAUUGUUAGAUUUUUAUUUUGUAAAUUAUUUAGGAAAUAUUUAGAAAAUAUAUCGCAUAUUUAAUUCCA